UCCAUCUGUGUUGCGCGUGCGCGCGUGUUGGGGACGCUGCAGCUUUACUCUUUCCUCCCCUUUUUCCCUCUCUCGCUCUCUCUUUCUCUCUCUUUUACAUAAUUUCUCUCAUGUUUUUCCUUAUGACACGGCGGAUUUAAGAUAGUAGGCCGUCCCGCGGAUCCCUCACCGACUCGAGUCCACGUUUCCGCCCCGCCCACCGAUUGCCAUGGAGAGCUCAUCGGUGGCGUCUGCAUCAUCAGAGGCGGGAAGCACGCGCUCACAGGAGAUCGAAGAGCUCGAGCGAUUCAUCGACAGCUACGUGCUCGAGUAUCAAGUGCAGGGACUUUUAAAUGACAAGAAUGAGAACGAGAAUGACAACGCAGACAAGACACAGUCCAACAUCUCUCAGUGGACGGAGGACUGCUGUGAUAAAAUAGAUGGGAGCUGGUCGUCCUCGCGGGGUAGAGGUUCGUCCAAACCGGAUGAGUGGGAACACAGCAGUAACGGAAGUACAGGUUCAAGACCAAGCUCUGGUUCUCGGCCCGGAUCCGGUUCAAGAUCAGGCAGCCAAGGACGCAACAAACCGUUCUGUGUGCCCUCCAAGAAUGGAAACCGAGACGGUUCGUUUGACAUACUGGGGACGGACAUAUGGGCUGCCAACACCAUGGACUCCCACGGUGGUGCAACGUGGGACCUGCAGCCAGAGAAGCUGGAUUUCUCGCAGUUCCACAUGAAGCAGUACAGAGGAGCACCGAAACAUCUCCCACACAUCGACCGUGAGGGAUUGAUGAAGAGCAGAUUCGAGGAUGAUAGUAUUGAUCUGAAUGACAUCGAGAAGUUCCUGCCUACCCUCUCGGUUUUCCCGCCACUGCCUAACGAAGCCGAGAUCGCGCACACCAAAAAGCUCUUCCGCCACCGCCGGAAUGACCGCCGGUACGACCGCCGACACGCCGAAGCACCGCAGGACGAGCUGACCGUGCUGCUGCUGCCCUGCGACGGGAAACGCCAAGUGUCCAGGAGACAGCAGCGUCCUCCUGGAGGAGGAGGAGGAAGUGGCGGAGGAGGAGUUGGAGGAGGCGGAGGGCCCAAAUCCCACAAUCCCCAGCAGCAACAGCAGCAUCAGCAGGUGCCACUGCAUUCUCAACAGCAGCAUCACACGACCAGUCAACCGCAACAGCUCUUCACCGACCCCCAGUCAGAAGGCGUCAACGCCAAGCACGGACACGGGGGGCGGGGCUACCAAUGCGGGCAGCAGGGCCGCGGGCAUCACCACGGUUACAGCCAGAACCGGCGCUGGCACCAGCAGCACAGACAGCCGGGCCAGCGGAACACCAAAGAGACAGACAGCUUGAAGGAGGAGGAGAACGAAUACAAGACGGCCAGAGUGACGGAAAACACCAGAGGAGAUGACAACAGGACCGAUGGAAAGCAGGAGAAGACUGACGGAGGAAAAGUCAGCCUUCUGCAGUCCUCUAAAGAGAGGCUAAGGAGGAGGCUGAAAGAGAAGGAGGAGGUGCCCGUGGCGACGCCGGGACCUCAGCGUAACCGCAUGGACAAGCUGCUGGAGAUCCUGAACAGCAUGAGGAGCAACAGCAGCGGCGUCGAGGCGCAGCUCGCUUCCUUCAUGGAGGAGGCGCAGAGCUCGGCCCAGUCGGAGGAGACGCUCGGUGAGAUCGUGCACACCAUCUACAGCAAAGCCGUCCGAGACCGAGGCUUCGCCGCCACCGCUGCCAAACUCUGCUACAAGAUGGCGCUCUUCAUGGUGGAGGGCACCAAGUUCCGCUCACUGCUGCUCAACAUGUUACAAAGAGACUUUACACGGCGUGAGGAGCUGCAGCAGACAGAUGUGGAGAGCUGGCUGGGCUUCAUCACCUUCCUGUGUGAGGUGUUCAGCACCAUGAGGAGCAGCACAGGAGAGCCGUUCAGAGUGCUCGUGUGCCCCAUCUACACGUGCUUACGAGAGUUGCUGGAGUCGGCGGAGGUGAAGGAAGACGCCGUGCUCUGCUGCUCGAUGGAGCUGCAGAGCGCCGGGCGGCUGUUGGAGGAGCAGUUGCCGGAGAUGAUGAUGGAGCUGUUAGCCGCAGUGAGGGAUAAGAUGCUGGGUCCAUCCGAGUCCCCGCUCACGCGCUCGCUGCUCAUGGAGGUCAUCGAGCUGCAUGCUCACCAGUGGAGCCCCCUGGAGGCACUCACCACGCAGUACUACAAUAGAACCAUCCAGAAACUCACCGCAUGACCCCCCCCCCCCACACACACACGAGUGGAGCCUAAGGGAGACCCUCAUCUCUCAGUGCUACAAGAGAAACUGACCGCAUGACACACACACACACACACACACACACACACACACACACACACACACACAUAUUGGUGGAGCCUACUGCAGGCCUUCAUCACUCUGGACUGUGGAUAAAACUAACACUUUUUUAUGUGUAAGAAGGAAAGUUCUGCUCCAAGAGAUGGAUGGAUGGGUAACUGAAUGCAUGAGUGAAUGGAUGUGUAACUGGAUGGAUAGAUGGAUGAAUGGAUGUGUAACUGGAUGGAUAGAUGGAUGAAUGGAUGUGUAACUGGAUGGAUAGAGGAUACAUCGUAUAAUGAUGCAUUAAUGAUGUGUGUGUAUGAGGCAGUGGGUACCUGAAUGGAUGGACAGACGGACGAGUGGGUAUCGCAAUGGAUGGACAGAUGGACGAGUGGGUACCUGAAUGGAUGGACAGACAGACGAGUGGGUAUCGCAAUGGAUGGACAGAUGGACGAGUGGGUACCUGAAUGGAUGGACAGACGGACGAGUGGGUAUCUGAUUGGAUGGACAGACGGACGAGUGGGUACCUGAAUGGAUGGACAGACGGACGAGUGGGUAUCGCAAUGGAUGGACAGAUGGACGAGUGGGUACCUGAAUGGAUGGACAGACGGACGAGUGGGUAUCGCAAUGGAUGGACAGAUGGACGAGUGGGUACCUGAAUGGAUGGACAGACGGACGGGUGGGUAUCGCAAUGGAUGGACGGACGGACGAGUGGGUACCUGAAUGGAUGGACAGACGGACGAGUGGGUACCUGAAUGGAUGGACAGACGGACGAGUGGGUACCUGAAUGGAUGGACGGACGGACGAGUGGGUACCUGAAUGGAUGGACAGACGGACGAGUGGGUACCUGAAUGGAUGGACAGACGGACGGGUGGGUAUCGCAAUGGAUGAACGGACGGACGAGUGGGUACCUGAAUGGAUGGACAGACGGACGAGUGGGUACCUGAAUGGAUGGACGGACGGACGAGUGGGUACCUGAAUGGAUGGACAGACGGACGAGUGGGUAUCUGAUUGGAUGGACAGACGGACGAGUGGGUACCUGAAUGGAUGGACGGACGGACGAGUGGGUACCUGAAUGGAUGGACAGACGGACGAGUGGGUAUCUGAUUGGAUGGACAGACGGACGAGUGGGUAUCUGAUUGGAUGGACAGACGGACGAGUGGGUACCUGAAUGGAUGACUGCCUGAAUGAAUGGUGUGUAAGGAUGGAUAUACGGAUGGAAGGAUGGUUAAAAGAAUGGAUGGAUGUGUAGUUGGCGGAAUGGUUAGAAGGGGCUUAUUGGAUGGAUGGAUGCGUAACCAGGUGGCUGAAUAGUGUUCGUGCAGAUGUAUCUAGCUCCUAUCCUGGGGGUCGAAGGUGAAAGGUUAACGCUAUGCAGAUUUGAGUGAAUAUGUAUGCGCUUGUUGUUACACAGCCGCAUGGUAGUGUUCCGCUUUCAGACAUGAUAAGCCAGACUGCUGUUACAUUAGUAAACAUGCUACAUGCAUAAACAUGAGCAGCGUUAAGUCAGGAUUCAUCAAGAAAUAAGCGUGUGCUCACACACACUCACACACACACACACACACGUACAUUAAACACAUGUAGGUGUGUAUAAGAGCCAAAGAGCCAGUGAGAGAGCUAUAAAGAGACACUUUAACGCUAACACACAGGGGUAUCUUUGCAGUCUUCGCUUUCUUUUGUGCUCGUGUGCCAACCAUCCAGCCUUCCUCUCUGUCCUCAUCCUUCUCUCCAUCCCCCUCUCCAGACCUGUGUGUGUGUGUGUGUCAUUGUUUGGCGAAUCAUGUCCCUGGAGCACGCUGUCGCCUAUCAGCGCUGUCUAGUCGAGGUCAAGCAGACAGACUGCAGAGGGCUUAGCCUGCUUUUGUCUCCCUAAAACAAACGCACACACACACACAAGCCCCAGCCUGACUCUGGAUGGCAGAUGGCCGCUGGAGACUAUAAGGCCAGACACACAGCCCUCGUCCUCUUGUCCAGCCCAAUGGGAGUGUGUGUGUGUGUGUGUGUGUGUUGAGGAGGUUUCAGAUAAAAGCAUCAGGCGUGCUGCACCCGGCCUCUUUGUUGUAUCCUUUUUAUUUCCUCUGCAGGUUUUUAUUUCCCGCCGCAGUGCUCAUCCACCGCUCGGCGUUUAUAAUCCCUGUGUAUAAUACUUAUUGUAAUGUUAUUGUAAUGUAUUAUAUGUUAUUAAUUUUUUUUAUUAUUAAUGUAUGUUUAAAAGCAGUAUAUACAGUAUGUGUGACAUGACAUGAGGAUGUUUUAGGACUAGACCUAUUGCACAGGUUGGAAAUAUUUUGCACUGUUUUAAGGCGAAAGAAAGAAAAAAAAAAAAAAAACGACGAAGGAGAAUUGAUCGAGUUAGGUAGCUGUGCAGAACUCCUCCAGCUAGCAGGAGGUUUACGAUUUGAGUUGAAUGUUUUGGGAGAAAUGAAUGGCCUUGCAAGAUGUGUGGUAUUUUCCAGACUUUUAACAAGACACACACCUCCUAAAUUCUGUCUGUUUAGGAUAAAACUAAGUAUAGUCUUCUUAAUGUUGGCGAGUACAGCAGUUAAGGUAAAUAAUUUGGUGAAAAUAUAAAACCUGCACGAAUUAACGCACACCAAACGUUCAUCAAUAAAACAACGUGGCCUACUGUUA